UCCGGCAACAGCCAAACCAACACGCACGCACCUGCCGAAGAGCUCGGGAAAGGGACCAGCCCUGAGAACCAACAGACUUUUCUCUUGUCUUCUUCCUCCGUUUCCUCGUUGCUCCCGGUGAUCCCCUCCACCCCCGAAGCUCUAGAUCUCUCCGACGUGCUCCGCACUUGGUUUCGCCGAGUUCUUGGAGUCCAGGUCUCCAAGAACCAGGGCUACAAGACUAUAAAGAGGAGGGCCCCGGUUCCAUCUGCCUGGUGCUGCAUUGAGUUCUUGAGAAUGGCUGGGGCUAUAUCUCAUCAUGCGCUAGCAUCUACGCAAUCCUGCGGGUGGAGCGCCCAGAACUCUAGAUUCGAGAAGAGGACGGGCAAUGUGCGCUUGGUUUAUGAAGGAAGUUGCCGUUCUGGCAGCCGGAAACUUGGUUUAGUCUGCGCAUCGGGCUCGCAAUCUUCUGUCGUUGAGCCGGUUAAGCUACCAUCGGAUGGCAACAGUAGCCACACCCCCAAGAAAUCAAGUGAAAGUGCUCUUAUAUUGAUUCGGCAUGGUGAAUCGCUGUGGAACGAGAAAAAUCUGUUUACUGGCUGCGUUGACGUGCCCCUGACACCAAAGGGUGUUGAGGAGGCCAUCGAGGCAGGGAAAAGGAUUUGCAAUAUCCCGAUCGAUGUGAUAUAUACUUCGUCACUGAUUCGUGCUCAGAUGACCGCAAUGCUUGCCAUGAUGCAGCAUCGGCGCAAGAAGAUCCCAAUCAUCAUGCAUAAUGAGAAUGAACAAGCUCACAGAUGGAGUCAGAUAUACAGUGAAGAAACAAAUAAACAAUCCAUUCCUGUCAUAACAGCUUGGCAAUUGAACGAACGAAUGUAUGGUGAGCUACAAGGCCUUAAUAAACAAGAAACUGCAGAUCGAUUUGGCCAAGAACAAGUUCAUGAGUGGCGCCGCAGUUAUGAUAUUCCUCCCCCAAAUGGUGAAAGCCUAGAAAUGUGCGCUGAGAGAGCUGUUGCUUAUUUCAAAGAGCAGAUUGUUCCUCAACUUGUGGCUGGAAAGCAUGUAAUGGUUGCUGCACACGGGAAUUCACUUCGUUCAAUUAUAAUGCAUCUGGACAAAUUAACUUCUCAGGAGGUAAUAAGCCUUGAGCUAUCUACGGGCAUUCCUAUGCUUUACAUAUUCAAGGAAGGAAAGUUUAUUAGACGGGGAAGCCCAGUAGGACCUUCUGAGGCAAGCGUUUAUGCAUAUACCAGAACCUUGGCUAAAUACAGACAAAAGCUUGAUAACAUGGUUCAGUAAAAGAUUUUCCACUUCAGUAGUGACUCAAAUAUUCGCCGAAUAUGCUUUUAUUUUCUGAAGAAAUGGUUUAGCGAACUCUUGGCAUCAGCAGAAUUUUUGACCUAGAGAGAGGAUGCGUCAACUAGGAGCUUCUUUCGCAACAGCGAAGCCCAUGUAAUUGGUUUAGAAUGGGGUAUAUGCAGCAUCGUAUAUAUGUUGUACAUCUACUUCAUAUCUUGUACAUUGAAUUGAGUUUGUUGAGGUGGAACGAUGUACAUUGGUUUUCCAAAUUUUGUUUCCCCAAACGUGAUGAUAGACAUUCUGCAUAAA